UUGUGUAGUCACAUUUUGUAGUUUGGCAGCACGGCUGUAGGCAUUCGUUGACUUACCCGUGUGUUGGGCUUUUUAACUUGGACAUAAGGUUUAAGCUCGGUUGUGAUCACUUCUUAGGGUUUUAUUUUAGAAUACGUUGACUGUACAGCUGCUGGAUCACCAUGUUUUAUCCACAGCCGUGAGCGAUCGUCCUGAACAGUAGCAGGACCAUGGCAAGCAGCACACGCGUUGUCGUUGUGGCCGUGGCGUUCACGGUCGUGGCAACGUUUUACUCUUUAAGCGAGCUCCAUCGUAUGAGCGCGCUUCAUACAGACACGCACACCUUUGCUACGCACACGGGCGACAACCGCGUCCUUCUAGGAGGUUCAACACACACGACAACCUCGGUUGGCGUCCCCACCACUUCCGCAGCUUCUCCCGUAGCUUCUCCCGUAGCUUCUGUUUCUCCGACCAGUGGAGGAAGCGCAUCUACCUCAACUGCUUCUCCGAGGGGGGAAAGCACGUCACAGCACAAGUGCUUCACUUACGAGCAUACAGAGCUAUGGGGUGAUGUCGUUGCAUGGGGGACAACCAAUAAGAAGAACUCUGCGGGCGAAUGCUGCCAGGCUUGUCUCAACCACCGGCCUCAAGGCGAUGAGCCCGAUUGCAACGUAUGGGUCUACUGCGGGAAUCAACAGCUUUGCGGCGCGCAGUAUCAGCAGUGCUGGCUCAAGCACCUGGCCCAUCCGGAGGCUAGCAAACCUGCCAAGCAAGGGCCAAAUGUGUACUGGACUUCAGGCACGGUUGACGUGGAUAUCAAUUCAGACCCUGGCGCUGAGCUCGAGAAGGCUCAGGUUACUGGAUCUCCACGCCUGUUCCAUACCAUUACGUCAGCUCAAGGCUCGGCGGUGCACUGGCAAGUCCGCAUCCACUACUACUGGUGGAAGAAGCGGAAGGCUGAGUGUGAGAAGGCGGGGAAAUGUGAGAUGGGCGGCUUCACACGUCUGCUCCACAGCGGCGCUGCUGACGACCUUAUGGAUGAGCUGCCGACAGUCGUGGUGGACCCGCUGCCACAGAGCAUGGUGGAGCACUCGUGGUAUGUCGUGCUCAACAGGCCGUAUGCGUUCGUGCAGUGGACGCAGAAGGUAAAGAUUCCGGAGAAGUACGUGCUGAUGAGCGAACCGGAUCACAUUUUUCUGCGCCCAAUGCCUAACUUCAUGCGGGGUGACGCGCCAGCGGCUUUCCCGUUCUUCUACAUCGAGCCCGCCAAGUCUGAGAAUGCGCAUAUCACACGCAAGUUUGCUGGGAAUAUCAGCCAGAAGCAGCUGGAGGAGAUCGCACCUAUUGGCAACAGCCCCACAUUCAUGACCUUCGACGACAUGAAGCGUGUGAUGCCCACCUGGAUGAAUGUCUCCAUUGCUGUGUUCAAGGACCAGGAGGCCAACUCGGUAUGGGGCUGGGUACAGGAGAUGUACGGCUUCACAAUCGCCUUGUGGCUCAACGGUGUUAAGCACGUCGACCUGUUCUUGCACAUGAUGGCACAGCCGCCAUGGGACCAGGAGAUGCAGAUGGGCAACGGCAAGCCCUUCUAUAUCCUUCAUUACACGUACGGCAUGGACUACAAGCUGACGGGCGAGUUUACCCCUGGCAAGUUUGGCGAAUGGCGGUUCGAUAAGCGCACUUACAGCAGCCGCCCACCACCACGCCACCUGGGCGACCCGCCCAAGAAUAUGAAGAACGAUCUUGUACGCACGCUCAUCAACUCAAUCAACGAAGGUUCGGCAGCUCUGCCUUGUUGGGAUAUCUAUGCGGAGACGGGCAAGGCGUCUUACGAUUGUGAAGAGAUGAAGACUUUGCCGGAUCCACGCUUCAAGAAAGAUGGCAAAGCAGUCGCUUGAGACCGUUGGUAUGUUUUAGCGGGCUGACAUGAUGGCGAUCAUUUAUCACAUCCUUGAGUUCGUGAUCUAGGGUUACGGCGCGUGGGUGACUUGGGGGGCUUGCCUGUAGCAUUAGCAAUAGCUUGCUGACAAGAAGUGAACAGGGCAAUGGUAAGAAGGAAAUUUGGCGAUCACCAUGCACACGGGAUUAUCGAGUUUUAUCGCUGGGCUUAACAUAUAACUGGACCACGUAAAUGGUGAAGUUUUUGACCGUAAGUGUACAGUUUCUUUUAGUACAUGCUGGCCUGCCCUGCCUGACUUCGCGCGUUUGUAUGUAAUGUAUUGCGCCAAUACGUCCACGGCUUUCCACAUCUCGUCGACAGUUAAGUGUGCGGAAACAGUGAACGAUCUCGAUAUUUCGCCGCGGUUUAUCCAGAGGUCUGCAAAGUGGUCCUAAUCCUCUAAUCCAGGGGGUGGGUACCGGUCAGCAAUCCUCUAAUCUCAACAGGGUUGGACCACUUCUAAUUCCUAAUCCAGAAUGGUGGUCUUAUCCAUAUCCUAGGGGCGGGAUUGUAAAUCCUAAUCCUGGGGCCGGGUCCCAGUCCUAAUCCUGGGGCCGGACCGCACUCCUAAUAGUGAGGCUGGGGUCCCAAUCGUAAUCCUGUUGGUAAUGUCGUAAUCCUUAUCGUGGAGCUGUAUUGCAAUCGUAAUCGUGUGACUGGUUUGGUAACCUUAAUUUUGGCGGGGGGUCCCCGAAUGGUGCCGUGACAUACAGGCGCGAGGCGAUGGCUAUGCAAGUGCGUAUACAAAAAAGCAGGUACAUGAUGAAAUGAUGUAAAAGAGGAAACC